AUGGCGGAAAUCGGCCCUCCGCCCCUGACGGGCAUCACCGUCCUCGAAUUCGCCGGCCUGGCACCCGGGCCCUUCGCAGGCAUGCUCCUCGCCGACGCAGGCGCCUCCGUCAUCCGCGUCGACCGCGCCUCCGACGCCCGCUCCCUCCCCACCGCCGACGCGCUCACGCGCCACAAGGCCUCCAUCUCGGUCGACCUCAAGUCCCCCUCCGGCACAGCCUUCAUCAAGGAGCUCGUCGCGCGCGGCGCCGACGUCCUCAUCGACCCCUUCCGCCCCGGCGUCCUGGAGAAGCUCGGCCUCGGGCCCCCGGUCCUCCUCGGCAUCAACCCGCGCCUCACGGGGUUCCGCCGCGACGGCCGCUACGCCGCCAUGGCCGGCCACGACAUCAACUACAUUGCCGUCUCGGGCGCCCUCAGCCUGCUCGGGCGCGCGGGCGACACGCCCCACCCGCCGGCCAACAUCCUCGCCGACUUUGCCGGCGGCGGCGCCAACCUCUUCCAGGGCGUCCUGCUGGCGCUGCUCGCGCGCCAGACCACGGGGAGGGGCCAGGUCGUCGAGGCCAACAUGGUCGACGGGUCCGCGUACCUCGCCACGUUCCCGCGCCUGGGCCUCAAGUCGGGCGUCGGCGCCCGCGGCCGCGGCAGGAACCUCCUGGACGGCGGGUGCCCGUACUACGAGACGUACGAGACCAAGGACGGCGGGUACUACUCGGUGGGCGCCCUGGAGCCGCACUUCUUCAGCCGGCUCGUCGAGGGGAUGGGCCUGGCGGGCCGGGGGCUGGAGGAGAAGCGGUUCGACUUUGACGAGUGGCCGGCCAUGCGGGCGCUCUUCGAAAGGACCUUUAGGCAGAGGACGCGCGCCGAGUGGGAGGCCGUCUUUGACGGGACCGACGCGUGUGCCGCCCCCGUGCUGGAGUACCAUGAGCUGGAAAGCGAUCCUGCCAGGGAGGGGGACCAGCGCCCGUCCGUGACGUUGCGCAGCACGCCGUGCUUGGCCAUAAAGCAACGGCCAGCGGGGCAAUCUGACCCGGCCACGCACGGCCAAGGAGCGGGUGUUCCUGGGGACGGGUAUGAAGGCCAGCCGCUGGCGCCGGGGGACGGUGGCGAACAGGCGUUGGAGAGGUGGCUUGGGUGGAAGAAGGGGAGAGAAUACGACGUGCACAAGGGUGCGUAUAUCCUGACCAAAGGGGGGUCGAAGCUGUAG